UCUGCUUCCCAAGAUACUUUGAAUCUGGGUCACCAACUCUCGAAUAUCAAGCCUUCAGGCCCGCUGAAAGUAACAUGUUUGACAAUUGGCUCCAGGGGAGACGUACAGCCUUACAUAGCUUUGUGCAAAGGUCUACAAAGAGCAGGACAUGUAUGCACCAUCGCAACUCACCCAGAAUUCAAGCAGUGGAUUGAAGCUUAUGGCAUUAAGUUUGCCAGCAUUGGAGGAAAUCCAAAGGAACUGAUGAAGCAUUGUGUAGAACAUGGAAUACUUUCAUUCUCGUUUUGGCGGCAAGGGUAUUCAAAAUUUAGUGGAUGGCUGAAAGAACUGCUCCACAACUCCGGCGAGGUGGCUCGCGGAAGCGACCUUCUGAUCGAGAGUCCCACCACCAUGGUGGGUGCGCAUAUAGCAGAAAGUCUGCAGAUACCAUAUUACAGAGCAUUCACUAUGCCAUGGACCAGUACCAGCGAAUACCCUCAUGCGUUUGCUGUACCUAGCCAAGCUCGGGGAGCUAUGUAUAACCGAAUGAGCUAUACACUUUUUGAUCGAUUGAUAUGGGCGGGGACUUCCAGAUUCAUCAACCAUUGGAGAAAACAAGAUCUUGGAUUGGGACCUAUAUCUUACAACGCUCUCAAAGCUCGAGAACAUCCUUUUCUAUACAACUUCAGUGAAAAAGUAGUUACGAGACCCCACGAUUGGAAAGAAUGGGUCCAUUUGACUGGGUAUUGGGUGCUGAAUGAUUCACCCAAAGAUGUUGAACACAUACCCAUAGAAGCCCAACUGCCGCAUGGCUUAGAAUCCUUCAUCAAGACAUCCAGGGAGGAUGAGAAGAAGGUAGUCUAUAUUGGGUUUGGUUCGGUCAUCGUACCCGACCCGGAAGAGAUGACGCGGAUGAUCGCAGAAGCAGUCAAGGGUGCAGACGUCCAUGCUGUUGUGUCUGGGGGAUGGUCCGCAAAAGAUUCAAAAGUUGGAGCUGUGGGAAUGAAAGAACAGUUGAAGGAAUUCUCGGACAGAAUUUUCUAUGUUGACUCUGUUCCUCAUCGAUGGUUGUUCAAUCAAAUCGACGCAGCGGUUCACCACGGAGGUGCCGGUUCGACCGGUGCUAGCUUGAGAGGUGCCCGGGAAACCACCAUUAUUCGACCAUUUUUUGGUAAGUUCGACUACUUUCGCAAUUUUCGGGCUCAAAGGGUCGAGGAAUUGGGUGUGGGAACAAAUUUACACGAUUUCAAUGCAGAGAAUCUGAAGGAAGCGCUAAAACGUGCGACCACUGAUGAAGCUCAGAUCACAAAAGCAGCUGAAUUGGGUGUUCAACUACGUAGCGAGAACGGAGUGAACAAUGCAAUUCAGACUAUCUAUAGA